UCUGGGCCUCCUGGCCUUGGGUUCCCUCUUUCCGCCCAGCGUGGCCACGUGACGAGGGAGGGGCGGGUUGCGGAGAACGCUUCGCUUUCCCCCCGGGGCAAUUUCUUGAUCUUCUUCCAGGGUCUCCUAGCUGGGCGCCGCUCAAAGGCUCCCCUGGCCGAAAACAGGGGACCCGCCCGCCCCGGCGCCGCCUCCGCCUCGGCCGCGCUCUGUCACGCGCGGAGGGGCCGCGGUGAAGGAGAAAGGGAGGGCCGGGGCGGGCCGAGGCGAACGGGGCGGGGACUCGCGGUGUCCUGGGGAGGCUCUUAGGGCUGGGCCCGCUCUGGAGGUGCGGACACUCGCUGUCGCUGCUGCCGCCGCCUCGGCCUCAACUGCCUCUGCUGGCCGUCACCAUGAACCAGGACCUGCAGAAGGAGCGGGCCGCCGCCAGCUUCAACCCGGAGCUGCUCACGCACGUCCUGGACGGCAGCCCCGAGAACACCCGGCGCCGUCGAGAGAUCGAGAACCUGAUUCUGAAAGACCCAGACUUCCAGCAUGAGGACUUGAAUUUCCUCAGUCGUAGCCAGCGUUACGAGGUGGCUGUUAGGAAGAGUGCUACCAUGGUGGAGAAGAUGAGGAAGUUUAACAUCGCAGACCCUGCUGAAAUCAUGUGGUUUAAAAAACUACAUUUGGUCAAUUUUGUGGAACCUGUGGGCCUCAAUUACUCCAUGUUUAUUCCUACCUUGCUGAAUCAGGGCACCACUGCUCAGCAAGAGAAAUGGCUGCUUUCAUCCAAAGGACUCGAGAUAAUUGGCACCUACGCCCAGACGGAAAUGGGCCACGGAACUCAUCUUCGAGGCUUGGAAACCACAGCCACUUAUGACCCUGAAACCCAGGAGUUCAUUCUUAAUAGUCCUACUGUGACCUCCAUCAAGUGGUGGCCUGGUGGGCUUGGAAAGACUUCAAAUCAUGCAAUAGUACUCGCCCAACUCAUCACUCAGGGGAAAUGCUAUGGAUUACAUGCCUUCAUUGUACCUAUUCGUGAACUUGGGACGCAUAAGCCUUUACCAGGUAUUACUGUUGGAGACAUUGGCCCCAAAUUUGGCUAUGAUGAGAUGGAUAACGGCUACCUGAAGAUGGACAAUUAUCGCAUUCCCAGGGAAAACAUGCUGAUGAAGCACGCUCAGGUGAAGCCUGAUGGCACAUACGUGAAACCCCUGAGUAACAAGCUGACCUACGGGACCAUGGUGUUUAUCAGGUCCUUCCUUGUGGGAGAAUCCGCUCGGUGUCUGUCUAAGGCAUGCACCAUUGCCAUCCGCUACAGUGCCGUGAGGCAUCAGUCUGAAAUCAAGCCAGGUGAACCAGAACCACAGAUUUUGGAUUAUCAAACCCAGCAGUAUAAACUCUUUCCCCUCCUGGCCACUGCCUAUGCCUUCCAGUUUGUAGGCGCAUACAUGAAAGAGACCUAUCAUCGGAUUAAUGAAGACAUCAGCCAAGGGGACCUGAGUGAGCUGCCUGAGCUUCACGCCCUCACUGCCGGGCUGAAGGCUUUCACGUCCUGGACGACUAACACUGGUAUUGAAGCAUGUCGGAUGGCUUGUGGCGGGCAUGGCUAUUCUCACUGCAGUGGACUUCCAAAUAUUUAUGUCAAUUUUACCCCAACCUGCACCUUCGAGGGAGAAAACACUGUCAUGAUGCUACAGACGGCCCGGUUCCUGAUGAAAAGUUAUGACCAGGUGCACUCAGGCAAGUUGGUGUGUGGCAUGGUGUCCUACUUGAAUGACCUGCCCAGCCAGCACAUCCAGCCACAGCAGGUGGCCGUCUGGCCAACCGUGGUGGAUAUCAACAGCCCUGACAGCCUGACAGAAGCGUACAAGCUUCGUGCGGCCAGAUUAGUAGAAAUUGCUGCGAAAAACCUUCAAGCUGAAGUGAUUCACAGAAAAAGCAAGGAGGUAGCAUGGAACCUAACUUCCGUUGACCUCGUUCAAGCAAGUGAGGCACAUUGCCACUAUGUGGCGGUUAAGCUCUUUUCAGAAAAACUCCUCCAAAUUCAAGAGAAAUCCAUCCAAGCCGUCUUAAGGAAUUUGUGUCUCUUGUAUUGUCUGUAUGGAAUCAGUCGGAACGCAGGGGAUUUUCUUCAGGGGAGCAUCAUGACAGAGUCUCAGAUCACCCAAGUGAACGAGCGCGUAAAGGAGUUACUGACUGUGAUUCGCCCUGACGCUGUUGCUCUGGUUGAUGCAUUUGAUUUUCAGGAUGUGACACUGGGCUCUGUGCUUGGCCGCUAUGAUGGGAAUGUGUACGAAAACUUGUUUGAAUGGGCCAAGAAAUCCCCACUGAACAACACAGAGGUCCAUGAAUCUUACUACAAGCACCUAAAGUCACUGCAGUCCAAGCUCUGAAGUGUCUUGAGGACAAGUUCAAUCUCCCGAAAGUAACUGUACUCUACUCCCCUUAUACCUGUCACACAAAUUCGUGUGGAAUCUGUAUCAAAUUUAGAAAAGCUAGAGCAAAUGAUAAAUUGACCCUUUUCUCUUUUUAUAAAUGAAAAAAAAAAAAGAACAGAUAUGAGAUUAAAGGAAAAAAACAGUUGUGUUUUACAAGUGCAAUUAACACUGAAAGAGACCUGUUAAGCAUUCAGAAAAAGCUUUAAGAAAUGCCGUGUGAUUUCCCUCUGUAACGCUGCUGAUCCCAGGAGGCCAGGACUUUUGAUAAUUCGUAGAAUUUAACUACUAAGUAGUUAAUUAUUUUCACAUCUUAAUUGCUAAUCACUGGAUAUGCAAGUGUUUUUAAGCAAAGGUAUUUUUUAAGUGGGGGUAGAACCCUUCCAAGCUUUCCUGCUAAUUGUCCUACCACUCCUGCCGUGGGCGCUGGCUAGAAAGCAGGACUGAAGAAGAGGGAUUGGGGAAAGAAACUAAUCAGGAAACUUGGGGGGUGUGUGUGUGUGUGUGUGUGCGUGCGUGCGUGCGUGCGUGCGCGCGCGUGUGUGUGUGCGUGUGCAUGCGUGCGUGCUUGAUACAUUGACAUAUUUCCUGCCUGCUUGCCCUCCUUUGCUGGUGUAUAGUUCCUGUCUACCUGUUCACAGUAGCAUUUUUCUAACACAGGGAUUUCUUCAGCACAGGCUGCUGCAGGGUCACUGCCCCAUGUGAUUAGGAGCUAAUCUUCCAUUGGAGGGUUUCCCCAAAUUGUUGCUCUUGUAGCAGUACAACUCCCUUCGUCCCGACUUCUUGGGCAAAGUUAUCUCUACAUAUAACUUUCGGCAACUGAUGGGACCUCCAAAUCAGUGGUUUUGAUCUCCCUCUCUCCCUCUCCCUCUCUCUCCCUCUCCUGAGAGAGAUGCAAAAAAAAGGAGAAAAGGAGAGUCACAUUUCCUUCUUAGUAGAAUAAGGGCAGGAAGAGCUAUCAGUUAUGGUUACUGUAACUUUGGUGACCAUAUUAACUAACUUUCCUGGAACAAUCCAGAUUCCCUCUAUUCUGUCACUUUGGUGCAAGCUGUUAAAAUGCUCGGUGGUUACAGUGUCUGGCCUCACAAAAAUAAAAGCACCACUUGCCGCCUCUUACACCCAGGAGUUGCACAGAGAGAUCCUUUGACAAACCACGUGUUCUGAUUUUUGGAUCAGAAAAUAUAAUCAUUGAAACUGUGGCUAAAGGAUAAAUGGAAGUUCCAUAGAAAAUCCGUUUCUUAUUGUAUAUCUGGCAUUAUUUUCAGUAUGUUUCUGGGAGCUUUUUCUGACUUGCUAAAUUGUCCUUUCAGCUGAAAUCUAAUUUAUACAAUCAUUCUAUAUUUAAAGGCUAAACAUGUAUCUCUUAAUGAAUUUUUUCUUAAAAUCAGUGUAAAACAAGUCACUUGAUUUUUUGUUUUUGUUAACUCUUUGUGACAUCUGCCUCAUGAAACCAGUUGUUCUAACAUCAGUCUUGAGAAUGUAGUAUGUAAUUCAGUGGAAAUGUAGUUCCUAUCUUGGGACCUGCCAUAAAAUCUAUCCCAAUGGAACGGGUAAUAGGAGAUAAGGUCCAGCAGAAGAAAUACUGUCAGUUGACACAAGCCGUAAUCUUUCCACCAGGAGCACUGAUUGGUCAUUGUGUUAAGACUGAAGUGAAAAAGCACUGUGUUAAUCUCAUUUGGGUGUAUCUUUGACUAGAUCAGAUUCUGGGAAAUAACAGAGAGUAAAUUCAAAUUCCUUAAUAUUGACCUGUUAAAUGUAGAAUAGUUUCCAAUUAGGGGUUAAAAAUCUUAUUCACAGAGGGAUAUCCAUAGUCAGGAUCUAAGGGUGUUUGAAAUGACACCCACCCAAUCCAGCUGCAUAGAUCUGGGAUCUAAGCAGGUUGGAACAGGUGGUGACUCUGCAGAGCCACCUUCAGUCCAGCACCUUGAGUUUCAUUUAAAAACAAUCUAAUAUUGACAGUAUUUUUAUUCGCAUUGGAAUGUUUUGUCUUGAACUUUGUCCUCUGUAAUUAAAGAAUAAAGAUAUCGUAAAACCUCA